AUGAAUAUUACGCCUAAUAUUAAUUGCGGAUUGUGGCUUAUCAGCUGCAUUUUGUGCCUGGUUCCAUGGACGACUUCGGCGGCUACCAAGGGCCGCUAUAAUAUAACAUUUGCCGAAUUGGACAGUUGCGAUACUUAUGAAAUUACGGAAGGAGGCUAUGCUUAUAAGGAUUUCUUUAUUGUGCACUCGUUGGACAACAACAACAUCAAGAAUGAUGAGCGCCUGCACUUGAAGUUCUAUGUGCUGACCAGCAUGGAUGCCCACAUUCUGCUCUCAGUCACGGAUCGGCCGCGCCCACACGACCGUGUCUAUGAGAUUGUCAUUGGCGCUGGCGGAAACACAUUCUCGGCUAUUCGCACCAGCAUGGGCCUGAGGCGCGUAUCCACGAACCAAGAUCAACAUCUCUUGUCGAUAUACGAUCCCACGCCCAUCGAAAUCAUCCAAACCAAGGACGGAAAUUUGCAAGUUUUCAUACCGGGCUUCAAGACGGAGCCGUUACUGCGCUUCCUGGACGCCUCGGCGCUGACCAUCAAUUACGUCAGCUUCAGCACAUUCGGCCCCAAUACCGCUCGUUGGUUCUACGACUGCGCUUUCGACGGCUUUGAUAAAGAGCUAGACCCGGAGCAGCGGAGUCAGUCGGUGGAGGAGCAGCUGCUGGGCGCUCUGGUCUAUCAGGCGCAGAAUCAAACUCAGCCCGCGACGCUCAGCAGCAUUCGCUUCGCCUUUCUGAUGCGGGCUCUGACCUACGAGCAGUCCAACGCUCUGCUUCGAACGCGCAUCGCACUGACUUUGAGCUGGCAGGAUCCUCGACUCAGCUGGGAACCCACACAAUAUGGAAAUAUUAAGACAUUCUCUCAUCCGGACCUGGAGAUCUGGAUUCCCAACUUAUUGGUUCUUAACGGUGCCUUAGAGUCGCAGAUCGGCCUUUUGAAGAACUUCGAGCUACGCGUAUCAUCCAAUGGCACCGUUACAGUGCUGGACAACAACCUAGAGCUGAUCAGCUGGUGUGUAGACGCAGCACGCAAUUGGCCCAACGAGCGUCUUUCCUGCGACAUCAUUCUGGGCACAGAGCAAGGCGUAGCUCUCGACUACGAUGCGAAUUCCGAUCCCCUCUCCCCACACGAGCACGUCAACAUAUUGUCAGCCUGGACAUUCGCGGAAUUCGGAGUAUCGCAGCUACAGAACGACACUAAUACGCGCUACGCUACCCGUGGAAUGCUUCAGACCAUGGCCGGGGAUGUGGCUAUCGAGUUUAGACUGCAAAGGAAUGGUUCCUUCUAUCGCCAGGUGUUUGUUAUGCCUCUGAUUGCUUGCCAAAUUUUCAUUGUGCUCUCGUUUCUACUACGCGGAUAUCGGCGUGGCGCCUUGAUUCUAAUCGUGCUGGCACUGACUGCCUGUGGACUUCUAUAUAUGACCAAACACGCAACGCCCCACUACGUUCCUCCCCUGAUGGGGGCCUAUCAGCACAUCAUGCAGAUCGCCGCCUUCUGCUAUUUCCUUCAUAUAGCCCUUAUGUGGAUGGAGCGCUAUCCGCCGCGGGUUCAGCCCUUCGCUUGCCUCAUGGCGCUCAUGAAUUCGUCGAUAUUGCGAUUGUUGCUCUGCCUGCGCCUUGCGGAUUCCACCAAAUACUGCGACAUUCAGGAACAGCCCUGGCGGGAGUUGGCCAAGCUCUGCAACAAUCUCUGCUUCAUUGUCAUUAAUCUGCUGCUAAUCAGCGUCGAUGUGCUCCAGCUAAGCGUUUAUUGAAGCGGCCAGCGAUUUGUUAACAAUAAUGUAAAAAUUUGGAAAAUAUUUUAUAAGAAAUGCUAAUUAUUAUGUAUAUUCAAAUACUGUAA